GGACCCUCGGGGCAUUCAGGCACCGGUUUCUCUUAAGGCCAUUGGGUCACGUGUAGUACUCUAAGAGUGCUAGCCAUGGCGUUUCGGUCCAUUACCCAUCUGUCCACUCCACGACCUCACUCCACCUUUUUCCUCCACCUUUGGCUUUGGACAUCUUCUCGGUGUGCUUCUCCACUCCCAUUUCACAUAGACAUUCGACUUUGGUACUUUUAUUGCGCCGCAUUGCAGCAAGUUUGAACGUUACCCCGUCACCACUACGCGCACCAGAGUGAGGACAACCACGCUCCCUCCACCAGCUCCAGCAACUAUUCCUUUCGCUCUUAACCUGACCGUAUUCCGAACACGCAAACGACGAGGCAGGACAGAAAGACAACGGAGAUGGACGAUGAUCAAAAGCUUGAGGAUGUCCGAAAGCGACUCCAAAAGGAGAAGGAGAUCAAAGCCGCGACCAUGAAACUGCGAGGAAUUCAGCAGAGCGAGUCUGCCAAGGCCGCAUGCGACGCUACCUUGGAGGAAUCCCAGCAGCGUAUCAACUACUUUCAGAACGAAUUCGACAAGCUGCAGUUGAAGAAGCAGGAGAGCACGCCUAGGGCGCAUCGGACCCAGAUCACAAUCACCCUCCCGAGCCUGGAGAGUGCGCCACUAUCAUAUUCUGAAAAUCGGAUGGCAGCAAGCAGGACACAUUCUACCUCCAACGCACAUUAUCCGGAUGACUUUAUAUCUCACAGACCCCUGUCAACAGUCGAUCUUCUUAAGGCCCCGACUCCCAUCACAGCCAAAAAGGUGACAUAUAAGCUACGCGAGCUGGCCUACAAACUUGACAUCGAAAAGAAGGUCAAAAUUGCCUCCGAAAGGCUGGAGCAACUGGGCAUGUCUGCCAGGGAUGGCAAUGCCGAGAGCAGCGAGAGGGUUGUCCUGCUGAAGCGAGCUCUUCAAAAGUACCAGGGUCUGUACAUUCCAGGUCAAGAUGAUGACAUUACGACCACUCCAGGCACGGCGCUGAGACGGCCGAUGACAGGAACCCUUUAUGUCCGAAUAGCUUCCGCCAGAAACCUCAAUAAUGCACCCACACGUAACUCCAGGCCAUCGGAAUCGACAGCCUUCAUCAAAAUCGAUGGCAUGCCCCGUGCGAAAACAAGGCCGGCGCGGAACGGCCCGAGUGGUAUACGAUGGAAUGAGGAUUUUGAGGUGCCAGUUACAAAAGCAAGUGAGAUUGAAAUUGCCAUCUUUGACAGGCCGGACCAAGUCCCAGUGCCUAUCGGUCUAUUUUGGCUUAAAAUCUCGGAUCUAGUCGAGGAGCUUCGUAGGAAGAAGGUUGAGGCGGACAAUGAUGCGGCCUGGGUAGCAGCCAAUGUGCAGGAGAUGGGUGGUAAAGCCCCGAUCAUCAGGCCGGGGACGGGCCCCUUGGGCGAUAAUCCGAUUAAUGGCGUUGAGGGAAUCGAGUCGUGGUGGGAUUUAGAACCCAUCGGCCAGAUCAGCUUGAAAUUCAACUUUGUGAAAGAUGUUGCUGUCAGAAAGCGCCCAUCCAAACUGGGGCGCCAAGGAGCUGUUCGCAAGCGCAAGGACGAGAUCAAAGAGAUCCAAGGACACAAGUUUGUGUCCCAAAAAUUCUUCCAGAUUAUGUGCUGCGCCCUGUGUGCAGAGCUAUUCACUGGAAAGGGCGCGCAAUGCGAAGACUGCAAGUUUACUUGCCAUCAAAAGUGCGCUGAAAAAGUAUUUAUCAAGUGUAUCGCAUCAAAGACAGUUGAGGACCCGGACGAGGCCAAACUGAACCACCGCAUUCCCCAUCGUUUCGAGACCUUUACGAAUUUGUCGCCGACAUGGUGUUCUCACUGCGGUCAUAUGCUUGCCUUUGGCCGUCGUCAUAAGAAGUGCUCAGAAUGUCCCGUGGUAGCCCAUGAAGGAUGCAGCGAUCUCGUCCCUAACCAUUGCGGUAUGCCCGCCGAGACGGCUAAUAAGUUAAUGGAGGAGAUUAGACGUCGGAACCAGAGUGGACGCCUGGCUCAAUCGCCCCGCAAACUUUCUAACCCACCAUCAUACGAACCCCUUCCUGCGGAAGCGAAGGCCACACCGUCGAGACCUGUCCCACCAAUUCCUCAGACGGAAAGGCUUCCUAAUUAUCAAAAAGAACGACCUCCACUUCCUUUCAGACCAGAAAGCCGUCCGGAGCACAAUGUAUCUCCAUCGGUCGACUCUAAUCAACUCAGACUUCAGCAACAAAUGCAGAAACUUCAGCUGCAACAGCAGCAGCAGCACGAAUACGAUCAGCAGCAACAGCGCAAAUUGGAGCAACAGCGUCUGUAUGAGCAGAAACAGCAGCAGCUUUAUCUUCAACAACAGCAGCUUCAGCAACAACAGCAACAACAACAGAUACAACAGCAACAGUUCCAGCAGCAGCAGCUUCAAAUACAACAGCAGCUCAAACAGCAGCAGCUACUCGAGGAGGAGCGGUCUCGCCGGCUCGCUCAAGACGCUCACGGAGGAAUGGAGGACAAGUUCCGUAACGAGCAGGCGCGACUGGAGCAGCUUCGUCUGGAGCAAGAAAAGAAACAGCAGCGGACGCCACCUAUCUCUUCGUCGGUUGAACAGCGACCGCUGGUGAUGCCCACGGUCCCCAUGCCUACGCUAAAGAUUGUCAAUAAGCAACCGCCAAAGCCUACGCGCAAAUACGGUCUAAACGACUUUCACUUUCUAGCUGUGCUCGGCAAGGGAAACUUUGGAAAGGUUAUGCUAUCAGAGGAUAAGAAGAUGGGCGAGCUCUUUGCCAUUAAGGUGCUCAAGAAGGAAUCUAUUGUCAAGCAGGAUGAGAUUGAAAGCGCUCGCUCCGAAAAGAGAAUAUACCAGGUUGCCAACAAGGAACGCCAUCCAUUCCUGACAACUCUGCACUGUUGUUUUCAAACCGAUACACGACUUUAUUUUGUGAUGGAAUAUGUCCGUGGAGGCGAUCUGAUGAUGCACAUUCAAAAGGACAAGAGAUUUGGAGACCACCGCGCCAAGUUUUAUGGAUGUGAGGUCCUCCUGGCGCUUCAGUACUUUCACCAGAAUAACAUUGUGUAUCGUGAUUUGAAGCUGGACAAUAUCCUGUUGACACUUGACGGCCAUGUCAAGAUCGCUGACUACGGUCUGUGCAAGGAGAAUAUGCCCUAUGGCGUCACCACUCGAACAAUUUGCGGCACCCCUGAAUUUAUGGCGCCGGAAAUCCUGGAAGAGCAGCCUUACGAUCGCGCAGUGGACUGGUGGGCAUUCGGAGUGUUGAUGUACGAGAUGUUGCUGGGUCGUGCGCCGUUCUCUGGUGAAGAGGAGGACGAUAUUUAUGACUCGAUUCUAGAGGACGAACCCCUUUAUCCUCAUGGCUUUGGACGCCAUGAACAGGCACUGUUGCAGUCUCUGCUGGUCAAGGUGCCAAGUCUUCGCUUGGGCGCAGGACCAACGGAUGCGGAGGAGAUCAAGGCGCAUGCGUACUUUAGCAACGUGAACUUUGAUGAUGUUUACCAUAAGCGGAUCCGGCCACCGUUCUUGCCAAAGGUGUCGUCGGCGACGGAUGUAUCGAACUUUGAUUCUGAGUUCACAAGUGAGGCGCCCGGGGAGACGCCGACGGACUAUCGCCUGAACAAUGUGGAGCAGGAUCUCUUCAAGGGCUUUUCGUACGUCUCGCCGUGGGGUCAGCCAUAGACUUCAAUAAAAAAAAAAUGCUUCGCCC